AAUUAUGGACAUAGUUUGUCCAUCAAUACGCACUUUUCGCGGCUGUAUUAAUUCGCCUUUUACCCAAUCUCACGUUUCUCAAUGGAUUUUGGAAGUGUGUAAAACCUGCACAUAUUUUUUAAUUUGAUUCAAUUCGAAAAAAUCAAAUUACUCAUACUUCUUAAUGUACCAAGUGUUCGGAUUGUUUAUUUAUGUGUUAAAGAACAUAAAAGUGGCGACGAGAAAUAUUUUCCUCAUCAGUGUGUAGAACCUGCGUUGUAAAAAAAAAAAAAACUGCUCCUUCUCUAACUGAAAAAAACGUGCAGUGCAGUGAAAUUGUUUAAUAAUUAAAAAAAAACCUAUUCAGUGAGUGUAAAAGAAAAAAAGUACAUAAAAAGGAUCAUCAGAACGUGUGUAGUAGGAUAGCUGAGCUCAGUAGCUUGAUUGAAAAGUUCGUGUACAGUUAGGUUUUAUUUUUUUUUCUGUCGAGGACAAUUUUUUUUCUCUCUCUCUGCAAAUAAUUUAUAAAAUGAAUACCAGUGGUGAUGAAGAAAGGCGCUCUAGUGCGGGUUUUAAUGUGCAACCGACUCACCAGCUACAAAAUGGUUCUGGAGAACCAUCAGUGCAGCAACCUCCAUUACAAACGCCGCCAUCGGUGUCGAUGGAUAGUUCGUCGAUGAUGCAGAUCUUGAAAUUAAUGCAGCAACAAAUGGCGCAGUAGCAGAACAUUUUGGCGCAGUUAAUGCAGCAGCAAGGGUCAGGCCAAAGUUCAUCCACAUCACCGGAACAAAUCUUGGAUUCGUUGUGCAGCCACAUUAAAGAAUUUUAAUACGAUGCUGAGGCUGGAACGACAUUUGCCGCAUGGUACAACCGCUAUGAGGACCUGUUCGAAAGAGAUGCUGCCCGGUUGAGCGACGAAGCAAAAGUGCGCCUUCUCAUGCGCAAGCUAGGAACUCUUGAACAUGACCGGUAUGUAAAUUUCAUCUUGCCAAAGUUCUCACGAGAUUUUUCAUUACCAGAGACGGUCGCAAAGCUGACAGAUUUGUUCGGAACAAAGGAGUCCCUGUUACAUCGACGGUUCAAAUGCUUAAACACGGUGAAGGGGAAGACGGAAGAUUAUCUAGCGUACGCAUGUCGCGUCAACCGGGGUGUAGUCAACUUUGAGCUAAGCAAGUUGACGGAGGAACAGCUUAAAUGCCUUGUAUUUGUUUGCGGGUUGAAAGAUGAUAAGGAUGUGGAAAUUCGUCAAAGACUGUUAGCGCGGAUCGAGGAACGUCCUGAAACCACCCUGGAGCAUAUUACAACCGAAUGUCAACGCAUAAUCAACUUAAGACACGACAGCGCAAUGAUCGAAAGAGAGAACACCGAACAAGUCUAUGCAGUGAAGCAUAAGGAAACACAGUUCCAGCAUUAUCGAAGCAACCUGCCAGAGAUGCCAUACGAUUCGAAACCCCCUAGCAGAUCGUAUUGGCUAUGUGGAGGACUACACUGGUCUCGAGACUGUACGUACCGUACUCACAAAUGUACCGAUUGUGGAAGAAUAGGCCACAAAGAAGGAUUUUGCAAAACGUACAACAAUUAUCGUCGGAACUAUAACCAAGCGAAUUUCAAUCGUCAGCAAGCAAAUACUAGAACGGUCUCAGUCAAUGUGCACAGCGUUCAGGAGAGAAGGAAGUAUGUACCUCUCAGCAUCAAUGGCAUUCACCUCCGGCUACAGCUCGACACCGCUUCUGACAUAUCAGUCAUUGGCAAAAAUACCUGGAAACUAAUCGGAGCACCCCCCCUUUCCCCGCCAACAGUCGAUGCCAAAACAGCAUCGGGAGCAGUGUUGUCUAUAAUCGGCGAAUUCAAUGCCAACAUCACCAUCAAAGAAGAGCAGCGUGUCGAGACGGUUUAUGUUUCGCAAGCGGACUUAAAGCUGUUGGGAACCGACCUAAUCGAGGCUUUUUCCUUAUGGUCAGUGCCUGUUGACCAGAUAUGCAACGCCAUUCAAUCAUCAACGAAUAAGGAGCUACGACUACGUUAUCCCAAGCUGUUUGGAGAGGGCAUGGGCCUAUGUACAAAGGGAAACGUUACUCUGCAGCUGAAAGAAAAGUGUCGUCCAGUUUUCUGCCCUAAACGUCCAGUUGCGUACGCUAUGCUGGAUGCAGUCGACAAGGAACUGGACCGGCUGGAGAAGCUAGGAGUCAUCACACCGGUCGAUUUCUCUGACUGGGCCGCACCAAUUGUCGUCGUGCGGUAAGCAAACGGUCAGAUAAGGAUCUGCGGAGAUUACUCGACCGGUCUCAAUGGAGCCUUGCACCCCCAGGAGUACCCGCUUCCACUACCAGCAGAUAUUUUCGCCAGGCUAGGUCGAAAUUGCUGAGCAGAGUCGGAAGUUUCUAACCAUCAACACGCAUAAAGGGCUUUACUCCUACAACCGACUAUCACCGGGCAUCAAGGUAGCUCCUGCGGCUUUUCAACAGUUGAUGGACAAAAUGCUCAUUGGAUUGCGGGGAGUUUCCAGUUACAUGGAUGAUAUCAUUAUCGGAG